AGCAGACGAUAAAUUACAGUUUACGUAUCAAUAGACGCAAAUACACAAACACAGGAUGAAUCGUGCGUUCGUUUCAGUUGUGAUAUUCUUAUCAUUACACUUGUCAAGAGCUACACCUCUUGGUCAUGUAUUAUCAAAGGAUAAUGGAAAAAUAUUUUUUAAAAGAACAUUAGUUAAUUACCAAGAUGAAAUUACUUCAUUAAAAAACAAUAUUGCUGCUUUAGAAGAGAGAGUUACUAAAUUAGAGACGGGAAAAGCUUCUCAUGUUAUGUUAUCGAAUCAAUUUGAAAAUAUUAGCAGUGGAAUCAUCGAGAAUCAUAAAAUAAGUAAAAGGGCAAUUUUUCGACGAAGAAAAAUUUUCAGACCAGAAGUUGCAUUUCAUGCGACACUGACGAAACCUUCUGCUACGGUCAAAAUGUUAGAGAAUAUAGUCUUCAACAAUGUCAUAACAAACAUCGGUCACGCAUACAACCAUCAUACUGGGGCCUUUACUGCACCUACACAUGGAACUUAUACGUUUAACACAAAUAUUGUUGCAGAAAGAGGACAUUAUAUUGAAGCAAGUAUUGUCCGUAAUGGUGAAGUGGCUGUUUCAGCAAUCAGUGAUCAUAGAUUUUCACAUGAUGGAAAGCAUUUUACCACGUGGGAUCAAGGAAACGCAGUCGCGAUUUUAAGAUUGAAUAAAGGGGACAAAGUGGCCGUGACAUUACAAUGGCCUGAGGGAAGCCACGCUAUACACGGUAGAGGAAAAUCAAGUUUCUCUGGAUAUCUACUGAGAUAGGACAAACUGUUAUUUGAAGUUAAUCAUGACUAUAGCUAUGUCCGAUUUACACACGGACGUUAUCGGUUAGACAGCAAAAAGGUUAAAGAACACCAUGUGGGACAAUUAGACACUAUAACAAUCGGUGGUACGGAGAGAACGUCUAAUUAUUUAUAGAUAUUGAUCCAGAUAUCAAAAAAUGAAACGGGAUGAGAAGAAAGCGAUCUUAUAGUCAACUGUUUUGGAUAGAUGGUUGUUAAGAUAAUACAGCUUCAAUAGUUCCAAGCUUACAAACAAAAAAUGACUAAAAUGUUUUGAUGAAUAAAGAUAAUACAUGUAUAGAAUAGAAUCCAGUAUGUUAAAGUCAGUACAAGCAAAAUUUAGUGAAUAUUACAUUAGAUGUUCUAAAUGUGAAAAGAUGCAUUCGACUGACAUUUGAUUUAAUCAGCAAUAGAACGUAUUUAUCAUUUUAGCAAUUUAUGUUUAUUGUGAUAUUUAUUUUAUAGUGUAAUAGUCAUUUAAU